AUGAGCUCCGGCACGGCGAUUGAGCUGCUCCCCUGCGCGUCGGAACCUUCAACGGCAGCAAUCUCUUCAAGCAUUGCAGCUCAAGUACUUCUCAAGUACUUCAUCACUGAGCAGAAUGGGCCUGUCGACGCAGUGCGGAAAGGACCGAGCUCUUGUCCUCUUUCGAGUCCACUGGCCGGCAUCUGGAUGAUAAUGUGGCUGUUCUCUUUCGCCCUUGCCCUUCCAUUUGCCGAAGCCGGUAGUAUCCUCGCGCUGAAAAGUCGUCAAAAUUUCAAGUUCAGAGACAACGAUCGACGAAUCUCGAAGAGCUACAUUUUUGACUUUGCGCUAAGCCACAAUAUCGACUCUUUGUCAAGUCUCCCGGAUGUCCUGAGCGUCUGGCUCAACGUGGCCAUAAAGCUCGACGCCGUAGAGAGCAAGCGUGUAGUCGAAGGCGAGAAUGAGCCGUACUCCUCGCACAACGCCACUGGCGUUGCCAAGUUGCAUGCGCAGGGCAUAUUUGGAAAGGGCGCCAAAGCUGGCGUUGUUGGUAAUACUGGUGGCACCCCGAUCGGCUUCGAGCUGGGAUUCAAAGUUGCCGAGGCUAUGCUUUUACCGGCGACGGAUCCUGGCCCUACGAGCCCCUCUACGAGGGCCGAAAUGAACCUGAUGAGGAUGCCCUCGAUCAGUAAGGCCGCGGUUUCUCAUGCUGCAGUAUUCAUUGCGGCGAAGGGUGUUGGAUCCGGAGUUGCUCCCGAGUCAAAGCUCCCUGCGUUCCCGUUCGACGUCACUUUCUCCAGAGUUAGUGGCGGCAACGACGAGACGUCCCUUUUUCUCUCGACACCAGCGCCACCAGCGCCACCAUAG